UGAUCAUAAAUUGACCAAUCAAGACAUGCCUUUCCAGACGUGAACUGUACUUAUACAUCCGCAGAAUGUCCACUAUAAAUACGCUGGCGUUCUUGAACGUGGUAAUACAAGAGGUAAUUUUGGUCAACUCCGUUUGGUGUGGUACGAUAGUUGUUUAAAUUAUCAAAUCCAAGUGGCAAUAUAAAUUGUAAAUAAUCUUCAAGAUGGCUACUACAUAUUCUGCAAAAGUAGACAAGACUAUUGUGGAUAAAUAUAUGGACUUGGACACUGGUGGCUGUGUACAGGCUAUGUAUAUAUGGAUUGAUGGAUCUGGUGAAGGAUUGAGAGCAAAAACGAAGACAGUAAAUUUUGAACCACAACAACCAUCUGACCUUCCAGUAUGGAAUUACGAUGGUUCGAGUACAGCUCAAUCAGAGGGCAGCAACAGCGACAUGUACUUGCACCCAGUAGCAAUAUUUAAAGACCCAUUCAGGAGAGGAAAGAACAAAUUGGUUCUAUGUGAUUCAUACAAGUACGACCAAAGGCCAGCAGAAACCAAUUUUAGAAAAUCGUGUGUUGAGGUAAUGGAAAGAGCAAAGGGCAGUCAUCCAUGGUUUGGCAUUGAGCAAGAAUACACACUGUUGUGUCAGGAUGGACAUCCAUUUGGAUGGCCUAAGCUUGGAUAUCCAGGACCACAAGGACCUUAUUACUGUGGAGUCGGUGCCAAUAAGGUAUUUGGUAGGGAUAUAGUUGAAGCUCACUAUCGUGCAUGUAUGUAUGCUGGAAUCAAAAUAGCUGGAUCAAAUGCAGAGGUAAUGCCAGCCCAAUGGGAAUACCAAGUUGGACCGUGUGAAGGUAUCAACAUGGGUGACCACCUUUGGAUGUCCAGAUUUAUCUUGCACAGGGUUUGUGAAGACUUUGGUGUUGUGGCUUCGCUCGAUCCUAAACCAAUGCCUGGUGAUUGGAAUGGUGCUGGGGCUCACUGCAAUUACAGUACACAAGCUAUGAGGGAAGAAGGUGGAAUGAAGCACAUUCUGGAGGCUGUUGAAAAACUAGAGGCAAGGCAUGAUGAUCACAUCCGUGCUUACGAUCCAAACAACGGGCAAGAUAAUGCUAGGAGGUUAACAGGAUUUCACGAGACGUCAAGUAUACAUGAAUUCUCGUCUGGCAUCGCUAACCGUGCUGCUAGUAUUCGCAUUCCUCGACAGGUUGGAGAUGAUGGUUUUGGCUACCUGGAGGACAGAAGGCCGUCCUCAAACUGCGAUCCAUACAGAGUCACAGAAGCUAUUGUCAGAACAACGGUACUUGAUGAUUGGACAAAUUAAUACAAAAUAUGAACACUUGAAAUUGAAUAUUGCACUACUAUAAAUUGUUUUAUCGGCUCGGAAUAUUAUUAAAUUUUGUGAUUUAAGGAUGAAAUUGCAUUAACACUCAAUGGUACCAAUAUUUCCUAUGGAAGUAAUUAAUAAAACUUGCCAAAACUAAUGAUUACAUUGGCGAUGCCUUUUACUAGUAUUGCGACAUAAAUUUUAAUUUUUAGGUAUUCUUGUUUUCAUCUUUCACUAUGUACAGAACUUCAAAUAAUAAUAAAGUAUUUUUUAAUUUAUAAAUUGUAGCAUUGUGAACUUGUUAAGGUACAAUACAAUCAAUAUACAGCAACAUAUUGAUCCUACAGUAUUCCGUACAAAAAACUUUCCACUAGAUUUGCACUAUUUAUUGGAAAUUGUCAACGUUUUUGUGAAAUACAUAUUGCUACAGCGAACAACAAAAGCAGUAAUAAAAUGUAUGGAAAUUAUUAAUUAAUUUUUUAACAACCAAAAACAUGGGAAAAUUUAAAUUGCAAAUAAAAUACAAGCAAUUUUAUUAAUAUAGUACUACAGUAUAUUGAAUUAGAAAUAUGCUACAAGCACUGGCAUUGUAUAUUGCUUCAUUUUGGGGUGGGGAACUCGAUGAUGCAAUGAUUUACAGUACCAAGAUACCAAACACUUUAUAUAUUUGUGCCCUCUUAUUAAUUGUAUUUGGGACGAGCUGAAAGAAAUCGUAACGAGAAAAUACAGGAGAAAGUUUAAUUUCGAUUUGUAUUAUGCUAUGUUUGGUUACUUCAAGAAAUUUCAUUAAUAAACUUGUACUUAUUGCUAAGUUUUCAAUUUGCAGAUUUAAACUUGGGAAAUGCAACAAUCCGAAUCGAGUACUUGUAAACUUUGAAAAAAAAUAUAUAAAAUUUUAAAAAGACCUAUUCAUAUGAGGAAUUGUAGGUGUUGACUUGAUGGCUGGCUGAUAUAUUUUUCGAAUAACAUCAUUGUGUUCAACACAAUGAUGAUGGGCGGAGAAAUUGAUGAUUGUUUGAUGUAUUUUUGUUAAUGAUUGCUUCAUAUAUAGAUCGCUUACAUUACUGAUGUAUUCGAUCGAUUGAAGGACAAGCAUCAAAAUAUAUUAAGCUCGUGUCAUUUUCUAUAUAAAGAAAAAAAUUUAAAAAAAACAUUCAUUGAUAUUUGAGUAAUUAAUCGGUUGAAAUUUCAUGUCUUAAUUUGAGUUGAAUGUAUCAAAUUUGAUUGAUUUAUAAUUUAUAUUUAUAAUUGAUUGAUUGAUUGGAAAAAAUGUUGAAACACCGAAAAUAAUGAAAAAAGUACAUGUAUAUAAAAAUGGUAGGAACUGCAAAUAAGAGGGAAAAAAUGAAAAAAUCAUAUAAUUGGCUUAGACCAAGUUUGACAAAGAAAUGAUUAUGACAUCAUGUGGAUGAUGAUGAAUAAAAGUGGUGUUUUACCACACAAGAAAAA